AUGAGACACCUCGGGCGGGGAGGAAGAAAACGGGUGCCCCCCCAGCGCCCCUCCCCGCGGGAGACCUAUCAAACGUACCGGCAACGAACACACACACACACACGACUCAAAGGCGGUAACGAGGGCGAAACGCCGCGAACCCGGCCCUCCGCUGCCUCCACACUCACUCAGUCCUCGCCUGCUCGCGCGGCUGCUCCUCCUCCCCAGCCCGAUCCGGAUCAGGACAAUUUACCCAUCACUGAGUCUCUGCUGUUUCCUCGCAUACAUUACCAUCAAUGCCCGGCCUGUGAGUGUGUGUCGGGGGAGGGGGAGAGCGGCCGCGAGAGGCGGGCGGGCGGGCGCGCAGGCGGCGGGCGGGCGGCAGCACCGGCACCAGGGCCCGGCGCGCCCUCGGCGACUCUCAGCACCUCCCCGUUAGUGGCGCCGGCGUUCCCGGGCCAUCUCCCUCUGCCGACACCACGCUCACUCUCAGCCCGGGCAGCGGCGCCAACUACACGGCGGCAGCGGCGAACCGGGGGGAGGGGGCAAGAAGACGCGUCCGGCUCAGCCCCGCGGAGAGCUACCGCCUCCUCCGCCUUCUCCUCCUCCUGCUCCGCCGCCUCCUCCCCUCCUCCCCCCGUCGCCGCCGCUGCCUGGUCCUUCUCCUCCGCCUCCUGCCGCCGCCGCCGCCGCCGCUGGUGCCGCCGCUGCCGCUCCACCAACUACAUCCGGGCAACUCGGACGCCGCGGCCUUCGGAAAACCUCGGCAGUUUCCGCCGCGCCCCUCCUCUCCCACCCUCUGCCUGCCUCCCCGCCCCGCGCGGCUCCGGAACGCCGCCUUCGGCAAACCUCGGCCCGCCCCGGCCUUCCUCUUCCUCUGAGGCCUGGCUCGCCUCCUCGCUACCCGGCAGGUCUUUCCGGUUGCCGCUUCUUUUCCUCACACGCAAAUCUGGCCGCUGCCGUUCCAGUUUAGGGAUAGUCCCGCUCGGGGACCCGCUCGAGGCUGUUCCCGGGGGCUCCGGGAUGCGCGGGGAGGGAGCCGCCUUCGGGAGGAGGACGGUGGGGCGCGAGAGAAGCCAUCGCGGACUAAAUAAAGGAGUCUGCGGCUGCUGCGCGUGCGCCCAGAGGCGCGGGGGUGGGCGGGUGCCCUUGAGUGAGCUCUUCGGCCGCCGGCCCCCGCCCCUUCGGGCUCCGGCGGGGUGGUCGGACCCCCCCUCCCCCACUCCCCGGUUAGGCGGCGGGCGGACGGUUACCAAGGAGCUUCCUCGGUUGGCAACGACAGCAGCCGCCCUCGGGGAGGUGGGGAGCGUGCCGCUGCUCCCUUUGGCCCGCUCCCGGGAGCCGGAACCCGGGCCUGGGCACCUGCCUCAGACCGGAAGCCGGGCGCGCGGCCGGCCUUCGGUGGGCAGGGGCUGCGCGGAGCUCGCCCGUCGACGCGCUAGAAUUCCUCUUUGUCCUUGAAGUCCUUUGGUGAAAGAAAACUCAUUCGAACGUUCUGCAUGUGAAUAAAGGCAUAGGGGGUGCUAAAUGGAGUUGCUACGAAUUGAAUUUUAUAAACCGCUACCGGCGCAAUGCCAACAUUGGCGUAUUGGGAGGGGAAAAGUCAGGUGUACCCCCCAAAAUUAAGCGUGGGGUGGUUAGUGGUUGAUAUUCAGAUGGGUUUUUUUCCCCCUGCGCUGAAUUUCUUAUAAGAAAUUUCUUAUAUUUCUUAUAAUGCUUCGUUAGCAUUAACUUAACGAAUAGAUUGUAAUAAACAUAAAAGAAGUAUAUACUUAUUUGCGUAAAAGAGAAAGGUAAAACGGGAAACCAGAAAAAAACAAGACCCCACCAAAAACCAGUAUCCAAAAGUAGCUGACUUGGUUUCCAACAAUUAUCCUUAUUGCUGGGCCUAAUAAAGAGAAGGAAUGAAGUGGGGAAGAGGCCCUGAAAUCACAAUUGAUUGAAGAAAAAAUGCUUACAUACCCUCAUUUGUCAAGUCCCCCUGCCAGGUGUUAAGAUUAUUGCUUUUUGUGAGGACCAGUAAAAGCUUAAUACCCCUUGUGAGCUAUUGGUAACUAAAACAAAACUGCUAGUGACUGAAAUGGGGAAAAAAAUUAAAAACCUAGAGUCUUACGUGCAAUUUCUAACACGUUUGUAACAAAUGCACUGAAGAUACAGGUUAGCAGAGUACACACAAAUAUAUAAAUCCUUUGCAGAAUCUUUUUGAAAACUGGCAGCAAAAAUUAUUACUAAUUUCUUGAUGGUAAUCGUGUGCUGAAACUUUGACAUACACCGUUUGAUCAAAAGCCGCGAACUGGAGGAAACUACAAGGCAAUGUACAGUUUUCAUUAUUCAUAGAUUCCAUAUUUGCAAAUUUGCCUACUCACUAAAAAUUUGUAACCAAAUCAGUGUGCAUAGCAUUCAUGGGCAUGCACACAGUGGCAAAAAAUGUAACAUUCCCAGCUGUGUUGAACAAGAUAGCACUCCCUUAUUAAUUCAGCUCUCAUAUUGUAAAUAAAUGUACUUUUCAUAAUAUA